AUGGCGCAAUUAACACUUCAGGAUAUAUCAAUACAUUUGACGGAGGACGUUGUGCAAAGGGCUUUUCAACUUAGAAUCGGGACAGAGGAUACAAUACAAUCAUUGCAACUAAGCCCAACAGGAGCAGGCCUCAUAGGAGCUGUCUACAGAAUUAAAGUGAAGGGCAAGGAUCACUCCGCCAACUUCAUUGCCAAGACUCUGGUCAGAGAUCGUUUGUUAAGAAAGUCGCUUCCUUCUGAAAUAUUCUUCCAAAGGGAGAUCUUCUUCUAUUCAAAAGUUGUGCCAACCUUGGAAAAAGUACAGAAAUCUUCUGGAGCAACAGAAACGAUACAAAGCGUUGUCCCGAUUUGUUAUGCAUAUCAUUGCGAUGGCAUUUCGGAUUACAUUUUGUUGGAGGAUAUAACAGAGCGCAAUUAUUCAUCUGUGUCCGUUCAUCCAACUGUUUGCGAAUGUAACAAGAUUUUGAGGACAUUGGCUCACUUGCAUGCUGUGUCCAUGGGUAUGCGUAUCAAAAAACCUGAAGAAUUUACGAAACUGAAAAAUUCUUUAAUUGAAUUAUACUAUACAGAAGACAGACGACAACUCUAUGCAAACUAUCUUAAAAGAGCAUUGGAUCUUGACUUGAAAGCCCUUAAGAAGAUUGAAGAUCCUUCAAAUAGUAUUUAUUAUAAGAAAUUCUUUGAAAUUGCGUCUAACGACCCUUACGGCCAACUAGUGGAUCUACUAUGUAACAGUGACCACAUGGUUUUCAACCACGGCGACGCAUGGUCACUAAAUUUUUUAUGCUCCAAAGACCAGGCCAUUGCCAUCGAUUUCCAGCUAGUAAGAUGUACUUCUCCAGUCGCCGAUUUGACUUAUUUCUUACUGCUGUCCAUAAACUCGUGUCCUACUAAAGACAAAUUCAUCGAAGCCAUCAGAUUAUACUAUGAUCACUUUGUUUAUUAUUUGAGAGACAUGGGUGUCGAUGAGAAAGUGUUUUCAUGGGAUGAUUUGAAUAGUGAAUUGAAGAAAUAUGGAAAGUUUGGAUUGCUGGCUGCAUCAACUUCCAUUCCUUUACUAGGGAGUAGUGGUUGGUGUAAUGUUCUAGAGAAUUUCGAAGAAAAAUACGCGGGUGUGGAAAUAAUUCCACUAGAAAAAUUGUGGCCGUUGGGUCCGUUAAGCACCGUGCAUCAGAUAACAAAUUUAAUGAAUGCUGUGCGUGUUAUGGUCGAUCUCGAAUUGAUUUAAGAUUGUGAUUUUAAAUCAUAACAUAAGGGUAUAAUGGGUUAUAGUAGUAGGUAUAGUAGUAGUACUAUAGUAAAUUUUAUUUAGGUA